AUGAAGAACUUGACGAACCCCGAGCUAGAGCUACUGGGCCUCUCGCGUAAAAAGUCAGACCCAGGACCAUUCCCCGACCAAGAGCAAGAAGACGCGUUCGCACUACGCAUGCUUCACCUGGGCGCGCGUUGGUGGCCAUCCCUCAAGUUCUACGAACGCCACACAAGAGACGACAUAUAUCCUUACGGUUCAAUUUCAUAUCCUUACGGUUACCACUUCCCAUCCGACCUACAUGUUGCCUACACGCCGACCGGCUCAGGAGUCUGGGUCCUGGCGGUAUGGGCCGAGAACUCGCAAACAUGGUUGGAAGAAUACGAUGCGCCCCGAAAGCCAGAAGACUGGGUGGACUUGGCGUAUUGCAGAACAAUGGAGGAGCGAUAUUUUGGUGCGACGUUCUAUGAGGAUGUCGAGCAGUGUGAUAAGCUGCCGUGGGAUUUGGAUGAGGGUGUUAGGGAAGGUAAGAGAUAUGAGGAGUUGCUGCGGAAGAUGGAGGAUGAUAAAUAUCUCGACGAUUGGAUGAUGAGCCUAUGA